AUGUUUUCUUCUGCUUUCUUUCCCGCCGUAUCCGUGGUCCAGGCGGAAAAGCUUGGUGUGGCUAUGGCUGUUAGGACCGGAGGGAGGUGCAUAUAUAACGUGGCCCCCGGGGCCGAGUUUUUGAGCCCUCGGAAGGCGUUGGUGAUAUGCAACUCGCACCUCGCACGGGCGAGGGCGAGGGUGAGGGUAUCCCACCAGCGGAGGAUCUUUGAGCCUGAUGUACUGGAGCCUACCGGCCUGCCAGCCUCCAGGUCGACGGGCCCUUCCUUCGUCCAUUCCUCGAGGCUCGUCCCGAUCCUCGUCCUGAUCGAUCAGCGUUCUGCUCGGACAAUGGAUAUGUGUAUAGUAGCAUACGUUCCGUAUGGCACCGAGGGUGAGGGCGAGGGCUAG